AUGACUGCACCUGCGCCGCGGCACCCGGAAGCGCUCCUCGCCGAUGCCGCCGUGUUGCCAGGCAACGCGAUCGACAACAACGGUUCCCCGGUGCCGCGGCCCAUGGCUGUGCUGCUGUCCCCGGGAGCUGCAGGAGCUGUCUCCGUGCCUUCUCCCUCUGCAUCGCAGCCGGCAACUGAAUUCGCAACAGUGCAGGCGGCGCCGGCGCGGGCCGACCCCGUGCCGAGCCCGCCGCCCCUGCCUGUCCCGCUGCUCCCUGCCAACACGACUGCAGUGCAAGAGCAUGCCGAGAACGGCACUGAGCCCACGGGACCGUCUCAAGACCCGGCACCCGUGCCGCCUGCACCGCCCACCCCAGCUGUCCCGCCGGCUUCCGGAGCUCCGUCCUUCACAUCAGACCCUGUGGACCGCCUGUCCCUCCAUGGAGGGGGCAUGGCUCGCCAGCUGAUUGCGAGUGCAGCCCGGCUGCCUGUUUUCACACUCAGCGUGUUUCACGGGUCAUUUCGCGUGUGGUCGGUGAAAUGA